UACCGGAAGAUGCUCUAUCAAUAUUACUCGACAGCCAUCACAAAAUUGAGCACCCAAAAUCGCUGGCAGGUGUGCAAGACAACAGCUCUGUUUGUGUUGCUUUUGGCCCAUGUGCUCAUCGGCAGCGGUUACCUGCAGAUGCGUGUGCUCGCCCAGGAGGAGGAGGAGCAAGCAGCAGAGAAAACAGCAGCGGAAAAGUCACCAGUGACGGCACAAUUAUCGUUGGUGACACGACGUGCUCCGCAUUUUGAGGGAACCGCUGUGGUCAACAAGCAGUUGGUGACGUUGUCGCUCUCGCAAUUUGCGGGCAAGUAUGUGGUGCUGCUUUUCUAUGCCCUCGACUUCUCUUCGGUGUGUCCGACCGAGGUGACCGAGUACUCGGAACGUCAGGACGAGUUUCGCAAACUGAAUGCCAUUGUGAUUGCCUGCAGCGUGGACUCGCCGUAUUCGCACAUGACCUGGCUGGAUAUGCCACGUAAGGCGAGUGGAUUGGGCCACAUUAAGAUCCCAUUACUAUCGGAUCUCACGCACAAGAUCAGCCAAGACUAUGGCAUCUAUGUGCCCGAAUUCGGGCACAGUUUGCGCGCCCAAUUCAUCAUCGAUGGCAAGGGAAUUGUUCGCCAGGCAACCAUCAACGAUCUGUUUGUUUCACGCUCCGUGGACGAGACACUUCGUCUGAUCAAGGCCUGUCGCUAUGCUGAUAUCACUGGCACUCCGUGUCCAAGCUAUUGUGGUAAAACAGUUGGCGGAAAGUCGCGUAAAUAUUCCGCAACCAGCAAAGUUCCAUUUUAAAUAAAGAUUAUAUGAUAAAUAAAUGUAAAUGCAAAUA